GUGCCGUCGGUUCAUCCUGGUCGUCCGAGCAGCUGGACCGCAUGAAGAGCAGACGGAGAGCUUCAGUUUGUGCUUUUUAAUCCGAGCAGCUUCGUAUUUGCUGAAACUCAACCAGGUGUCGUCGAGCAGGAGCUGCUGCCGCAAACACGGACACAGGAGCCCACUCACCCACAGUGCCUGCACUUCAAAAACAGAGCUACAAUGUCGGAUGCAGACAAAUUCCUGUAUGGGGACCGCGGCUCGGUGAACAACCCCCUGGCCCAGGCCGACUGGGCCUCCAAGAAGUUGGUGUGGGUCCCCUCUGAGAAGCUGGGCUUUGAAGCCGGCUCCCUCAAAGAGGAGCAUGGAGAGGAGUGUGUGGUGGAGCUGACGGACUCUGGCAAGAAGGUGAAAGUAAACAAGGAUGACAUUCAGAAGAUGAACCCACCCAAGUUCAAUAAGGUGGAGGACAUGGCCGAGCUCACCUGCCUGAACGAAGCCUCUGUGCUGCACAACCUGAAGGAGAGAUACUACUCUGGACUAAUUUAUACGUACUCUGGUCUCUUCUGUGUUGUGAUUAACCCGUACAAGUAUCUGCCCAUCUACACUGAGGAGAUCGUUGUUAUGUACAAGGGCAAGAAGAGACAUGAGAUGCCCCCUCACAUCUAUGCCAUCGCUGACACUGCCUACAGGAGCAUGAUGCAGGAUCGUGAGGACCAGUCCAUCCUUUGCACUGGGGAGUCUGGAGCAGGAAAAACAGAAAAUACUAAAAAAGUCAUUCAGUAUCUGGCUCAUGUUGCCUCGUCCUCCAAGUCCAAGAAAGACCAGGGCUCUGCAGUUUUAUCACAUGGGGAACUGGAGAAACAACUGUUGCAAGCAAACCCCAUCCUGGAGGCCUUUGGCAAUGCUAAGACUGUCAAGAAUGACAACUCUUCAAGAUUUGGAAAAUUUAUCAGGAUUAACUUUGAUGUCAACGGGUAUAUUGUUGGAGCCAACAUUGAAACUUACCUGUUGGAGAAGUCUCGAGCCAUCAGACAAGCUAAAGAUGAGAGGAGUUUCCACAUCUUCUACUACUUGUUGACAGGAGCAGGGGACAAGCUGCGCUCCGAGUUGUGUUUGGAGGAAUACAGCAAGUACCGUUUCCUGUCCAAUGGAAACCUGACAAUCCCAGGCCAACAGGAUAAGGACAUGUUCACCGAGACCAUAGACGCGUUUCAGAUCAUGGGCAUCCCAGAAGACGAAAGGACAGGUCUGUUGAAGGUGGUGUCAGCUGUUCUCCAGUUGGGGAACAUGACCUUCAAGAAGGAGCGACACUCUGACCAGGCCUCCAUGCCCGAUGACACUGCUGCUCAGAAAGUGUGUCAUCUGCUUGGCAUCAACGUGACUGAAUUCACACGGGCCAUUCUGUCUCCCAGAAUCAAGGUUGGCAGGGACUAUGUGCAGAAGGCCCAGACUCAGGAGCAGGCCGAGUUCGCCGUCGAGGCUCUGGCCAAAGCCUCUUACGAGAGAAUGUUCCGCUGGCUCGUCAUGAGAAUCAAUAAAGCCUUGGACAAGACCAAGAGGCAGGGAGCGUCCUUCAUCGGCAUACUGGACAUCGCUGGAUUUGAGAUCUUUGAGUUGAACUCAUUUGAGCAGCUCUGUAUCAACUACACCAAUGAGAAGCUGCAGCAGCUCUUCAACCACACCAUGUUCAUCCUGGAGCAGGAGGAGUACCAGAGGGAGGGCAUCGAGUGGAGCUUCAUCGACUUCGGCCUCGACCUGCAGCCCUGCAUCGACCUCAUUGAAAAGCCUGCCGGUCCACCAGGUAUCCUAGCUCUGCUGGAUGAGGAGUGCUGGUUUCCCAAAGCUACAGACAAGACCUUUGUGGAGAAAGUGGUCCAGGAGCAGGGGAGGCACCCCAAGUUCCAGAAACCCAAAAAACUAAAGGAUGACGUUGAUUUCUGCAUUUUCCACUAUGCUGGAAAGGUGGACUAUAAAGCAGACGAAUGGCUGAUGAAAAACAUGGAUCCUCUGAAUGAGUGUGUCGCUGCUUUGCUCAACAACUCCACAGAUAAAUUCACUGCUGACCUUUGGAGAGACAUGGACCGUAUUGUCGGCUUAGAUAAGGUGGCAGGAAUGUCAGACUCGAUGCACGGUGCGUUCAAAACCCGCAAAGGCAUGUUUCGCACUGUGGGCCAGUUGUACAAGGAACAGCUGACUAACCUUAUGGACACGCUGAGGAACACCAACCCUAACUUUGUCCGCUGCAUCAUCCCCAACCACGAGAAAAAGGCAGGUAAACUGGAGCCGCACCUGGUUCUGGACCAACUCAGAUGUAAUGGAGUCCUAGAGGGGAUUCGUAUCUGCAGACAGGGCUUCCCCAACCGCAUCGUCUUCCAGGAGUUCAGACAGAGGUAUGAAAUCCUCACUCCAAAUGCAAUUCCAAAAGGCUUUAUGGAUGGCAAGCAAGCCAGCGCGCUCAUGAUCGAAGCCUUAGAGCUGGACCCGAACCUGUACCGCAUCGGUCAAAGUAAAGUUUUCUUCAGGGCCGGAGUCCUCGCCCACCUGGAGGAGGAGCGAGACAUGAAGAUCACCGACGUCAUCAUCAGCUUUCAGGCUUGGUGCAGAGGAUACGUGGCUCGCAAAGCAUUUGCCAAGAGACAGCAGCAGCUGACGGCCAUGAAAGUCAUCCAAAGAAACUGUGCUGCUUAUCUUAAACUCAGGAACUGGCAGUGGUGGAGGCUCUUCACCAAGGUGAAGCCUCUGCUGCAGGUGACUCGACAGGAGGAGGAGAUGCUGGCCAAAGAGGAGGAGCUGGUCAAAGUGAAGGAGAAACAGUUACAGGCUGAGGAACAUCUUCAAGAAUUGGAGUUAAAGCAUCAACAGCUGCACUCUGAGAAACUAGCCCUCCAAGAGCAGCUCCAGGCAGAGACCGAACUGUGUGCUGAGGCAGAGGAGAUGAGAGCUCGUCUGGCCACCAGGAAGCAGGAGCUGGAGGAGAUCCUGCAUGACCUGGAGUCUCGUUUGGAGGAGGAAGAAGAGAGGGUCACCCAGAUGCACACGGAGAGGAAAAAGAUGCAGCAGAACAUCACGGACCUGGAGCAGCAGCUGGAUGAAGAGGAGGCAGCCCGACAGAAGCUUCAGCUGGAGAAGGUGAACAUGGACAGCAAGCUAAAAGAGAUUGAGGAGAACAUGGCGAUACUGGAUGACCAGAACAACAAGCUCAACAAGGAGAAGAAACUGCUGGAAGAGCGUAUCUCUGAGUUUACCACCAAUCUGGCUGAAGAAGAGGAGAAGUCUAAGUGCUUGCAAAAACUGAAGAAUAAACAUGAAGCUAUGAUCACAGAUUUAGAAGAUCGUUUAAGAAAAGAGGAGAAACAGCGUCAGGAACUGGAGAAAAACCGUCGUAAGCUGGAAGGAGACUCCACUGAGCUUAAUGACCAGAUCGCAGAUCUGCAGGCUCAGAUUGCUGAACUUCGAGCUCAGCUCGCUAAGAAGGAGGAGGAACUCCAUGCUGCACUGGCCAGGAUUGAGGAGGAGGCUGCAGCCAAAAACAUGGCCCACAAGAAGAUCAGGGAGCUGGAGGCUCAAAUCUCUGAACUGCAGGAGGAUCUGGAGCUGGAGAGACAGGCUCGCACCAAGGCUGAGAAACACCGCAGAGACCUUGGAGAGGAGCUGGAGGCCCUGAAGACGGAGCUGGAAGACACUCUGGACACCACUGCAGCACAGCAGGAGCUCAGAUCAAAGCGUGAGACAGAGGUUGCACAACUUAAGAAGACUUUGGAGGAAGACGCUAAGAUCCAUGAACAGCAGAUGGCUGACAUGAGGCAGAAACACAAUCAGGCAUUUGACGAGCUCAACGAACAGCUGGAACAAGCUAAAAGGAAUAAAGUGUCAGUGGAAAAAGCCAAGCAGGCCCUGGAGAGUGAGUGGAAUGAGCUGCAGAUUGAGCUGAAGACUCUAACACAAAGCAAAGGGGACUCAGAACAUCGCCGCAAAAAGGCCGAAUCCCAGGUUCAAGAGUUACAGACAAAAUUCGGAGAAACUGAGCGGCAGAGGCAGGAGCUGUCUGAAAAGAUGGCCAAGAUGCAGUCGGAGCUCGACAACGUCAACAGCCUCCUGAGUGAAGCAGAAGGCAAGAGCAUCAAAUCCAGCAAAGACUUGUCUACGGUUGAAUCCCAGCUGCAGGAUACACAGGAGCUGCUCCAGGAGGAGACCCGUCAGAAACUCGCCCUCUCAACCCGCGUCAGGCAGAUGGAGGAUGAACAGAACAGUCUGCGGGAGAUGCUGGAGGAAGAAGAGGAGAGCAAAAAGAACGUGGAAAAGCAGGUCUCCGUUCUGCAGACCCAGCUUGCUGACCUAAAGAAGAAACAGGAGCAAGAUGCGUUGUCUCUAGAGGCAUCAGAGGAGGGACGCAAGCGAGUCCAGCGAGAGAUGGAGAACAUUCUGCAGCAGCUGGAGGAGAAGAGCGCAGCAUACGACAAACUGGAUAAGACCAAAAAACGCUUACAGCAGGAGCUGGACGACCAAAUAGUGGAACAGGACAACGUGAGGCAGAUGGUUUCCAACCUGGAGAGGAAGCAGAAGAAGUUUGACCAGAUGCUGGCAGAGGAGAAAACAAUUUCUACUCAGUAUGCUGAGGAGCGUGACAAGGCAGAAGCCGAGGCCAGGGAAAAGGAGACCCGAGCGCUUACACUGGCCCGUGACCUGGAGGUCAUGACAGACCUGAAGGAUGAGCUGGAUCGGGCCAAUAAGCUGCUCAAGGCUGAGAUGGAGGACUUGGUCUCCUCUAAAGAUGAUGUCGGCAAGAGUGUUCAUGAGCUGGAGAGAUCAAAACGUGCCAUGGACCAACAACUUGAAGAGAUGAGGGUUCAGCUGGAGGAGUUGGAGGAUGAACUGCAGGCCACAGAGGAUGCCAAACUGCGUCUGGAGGUCAACAUGCAGGCCAUGAAGGCUCAGUUUGACCGAGACCUGCAGGCCAGAGACGAGCAGGGAGAGGAGAAGAAGAGGGCGCUCACUAGACAGGUGCGUGAGAUGGAGGUUGAGUUGGAAGAGGAACGCAAGCAGCGCACCCAGGCACUGUCCACCAAGAGGAAAAUGGAGAUGGACUUGGCAGAGCUGGAACUCCAGAUUGAUGGUGCCAAUAAGGCCCGAGAUGACGCUCUCAAACAGCUGAAAAAACUGCAGGCCCUGAUGAAAGAACAGAUGCGAGAGUUGGAUGAGCUGCGUUUGGCCAGAGACGAUGCAGUUGGCGUUGCCAAGGAGACGGAGAAGAAGCUGAAGGCCAUGGAGGCAGACACCCUGCACCUACAGGAGGACUUGGCUACAGCAGAAAGACUUAGAAGACAGGCUCAGGCCGAGAGAGACGAGCUCCAGGAAGAAAUCAACAGCAGCAACACUAAGAAUUCGCUGCUGACAGAUGAGAAAAGACGACUGGAAGCUCGUAUUGCUCAGCUAGAGGAGGAACUAGAGGAGGAGCAGAUCAACACUGAGAUGGUCAAUGAUCGUCUGAGAAGGGCCAACCUGCAGAGUGAGCAGCUGACCACAGAGCUGGCUGCAGAGCGCAGUACCUCCCAGCGCCUGGAGGGGACGCGCUCACAGCUCGAUCGUCAGAACAAGGAGCUGAAGCUGAAGCAGCAGGAGCUUGAAGGCACCAUCAAGUCCAAGUACAAGUCAUCCAUUGCCACCCUGGAGGCUAAGAUCGCUCAGCUGGAAGAACAGCUCGACAUGGAGUCAAAGGAGCGUCAGCAGGCCUCCAGACUGGCCAGACGGGCAGAGAAGAAGCUGAAGGAAACGCUGCUACAGGUCGAUGAUGAGCGGCGCAACACUGAACAAUACAAAGAUCAGGUGGACAAGUUGAACAGCCGAAUGCGUCAGCUGAAACGUCAGCUAGAGGAGUCUGAGGAAGAGGUGACGCGAGCCAACGCCUCCCGCAGGAAGCUGCAGAGGGAGCUGGAUGACGCCAACGAGUCAGCGGACGCAAUGAACCGAGAAGUCAGCAAUCUGAAGAGCAAACUCAGACGAGGUGAUCUGCCGAUUUCCUUACGUCGUACCAUGAACCGCUCCGGCCUGGACAGUGACGAAGACCUGGAUGUGCAGACGGAGACGCCUGAACCAGCGGCCGAGUGAACGCAAGCAAGAGGGAACUCUCAUAUUGACCACAAUCCACAGCAGUUACAGGAAAAUGCAGGCAGUGCAGACUACCACACAAUGGAUUUAGCCUUGUAUUCCCUUUCACAAACAUCUUGUAGCCUUAUUGUAACUUCCUAUAUCGGCCAAAUAAUGUUUCUUGACUGGAUGAAUGUGAGGAAUAUUUUUCUACACAGGCUUUACAAAUACUGUAGUCAGCCUAUUUUUCUAUUUGAUAGGUAUAUAUUAUAAAUGAGUGCUGUUUUGAGGAUUCGUCACAGUUUCAUUAAUAUUGUGCUUGAUGUUGUUUAUCUGCUCUAACUUUACUGUUUUGGUGGGAAACACUGGUCAUUUAAUGCAUUUUUUUUUCUUUUUUGCACAUAUAUGGGUCUUCUGGGAGUUUUGAUCCAGUUACAUACUAGUGCUGGUAUAAGUCUUUUGUGGAUUCUGUUUUUUUCUCACUUUUUUUCUCUCUCAUAUGUUUUUACCUCAACCAUAAUGCCAACACGGGAGAAAAAACACAAGAUUGAAAAAAUGGUUGAAGAGCAGUGUUGGUUUAAUUUGUAAUGCAACUUUAGUACCACCAUGGAUGAUUAUGAAGCUUGGUUGAUGUUUAAUUUCUCACUUGUUUUACACUGUAAUGAUUGUUGGUGGUGGGCCAUUACAGUCGCUCUCGCUGUGCUGUUUUGUGCUAUACUUUGCACAUCAGAAAGAGUUUUUAUUCACACAUUCACCUUGUGUUGAAUGCUGCAAAAUUAAGGUAAAGUAUAUUACCUUUGCAUUGUAUUACCAAAGAAAUAUGUACUAUUGAGGCCAAUAUUUUAAGGCUGUUCUAUAUUUCAUCAAAUGCCUUAAUUCAAUAACAAUAAAUAUGUCUUGAUAAUCUCA